AUGGCCUCGCCGUCGCUUUCGAUGCUUGCCGCUGUACCAUUUGAGCACACGCACUUUACCCCUUCACAUUCACGCUCUGCAUCUGCAGCGUCCAACUCGUCGACCUUCAUGUCGCACGAAGAUCUGUUCUUCCAGCACCGCCACCCGCACAUCGCACCGACCCAUACCCGCCACUCUUCCGGCGCUUCGCAAUCUACUUCGUACUCUCUCGGCGCCAGCCUCCACACACCGGCCGACUCGCCUCCGUCUAUGGCCAACUACAAGAACCACAUUUCUCGCUCGACCCAUAUACGUCGUGCACGUGCUGCAUCCUCUCCAUACGGCCGGGACGAUGGUAUGCUGUCUGGCUCCGAGUCCCUCCGCUCGUCAUCGAGCGAGGCAGAGGACAUGACCGCCGCCUUCUUUGCGCCACCUGAUUACGGAAACAUGUUUGUCGAACCACAGGGCAUCAGUCCCGAGGCCAUGCAGGCCGCCGCCGGCUUUGGCCAGAUGACCCUCGGCCCUACCCAGCAGCUCGAGCAGCUCGCCGCCAACGUCCGCGCAGCCACCACUACCAGUGCAUCCGACCGUGCCAAGCAGAUUUUUGUUCAGGCCUGGCUCACCGCCAACUAUGCUCCCUACGCAGACGGCAAUGUCCCCCGCCAGGGCCUCUACAACUCCUACCGCAACAUUUGCGAUGUCCACGGCAUCCCCCACAUCAACACUGCCACUCUGGGCAAGGCAAUCCGUCUCUGCUUCCCUGCUAUCAAGACGCGUCGUCUGGGUGUUCGCGGAAACAGCAAGUACCACUACUGUGGCAUCCGUCCGGUGACCGCUACCGAGGUCGCAUUCUUGCAAGAGUUCAUCCGCAAAUCCAACCAGCAAGCCCAGCUCGCCAUGUCCAUGCUCGAACCCGCUCCUGCUCCCCGCCAAACCUCUCUUAACCUCGGUGUCGAAACCAAGUCCGGCCUCAGUGCUUCGCUCGAUGACAAGACACCCACGACCAACACACUGCUCUCUGCUGCUCAAGGCUCGCGUAAACCUACGGAUGCGUACACUCCGGCCCAAAUUCGCAGCCGAAAGAAUACUGUCAAUGAUGAUACAGCCACGCCUUCUACUACGAUACCCAAAGACACGACUCCCUACGUUGUGCCUCAAACCAUGCCUCUCAUCGAAGAGGCACUUGGCCCAAAUGCGUCCGUUACAUCCCCUCAAAAUGUAGCUGCGCGUGAAGUUUGGCGUUGGUUCGAGGCUCAUCUUGACGGGCUCAUGGAAAGCGUACGCACCUUCCGAUUCGACCAGUUCGAAAUCCAUUUGCGCACGUUCUGGGCUGGAUUGAGCGGAGAUCACCGUGAAGUUGUGCAUGCGCCUGCGGUAGCCGGGCUGAUGGCCAAGGCUGAUGCAAUGGUUUACGAUGAAAUCCUUGAGUUGCUCAGAUCCCAAGUACUGGCCCCCAUCCCACCCCAGGCGCUCACUAGCUUGCAUCUGCUCGUUGCUUUGGAAAACUUUGGUUCCACCUUUGUUGAGCCCAAAGUCGAGUUGGGCGCUCGCUUUGGUCACCUCAUUCUUCGGUUCUUGGACAUUUUCCAAGUCACACAGGCGUUGUCGUCGGUUCUUACGAAUCCCAAGCAACUGUCUGAUAUGAGACGAUCAUGGCGCGACAUUGACUUUGAGUCCGUCCGUAAUCAGUCUGCACUUGUAUGCAACUGCCGUCACGAAGACCUCGUUCAAUUGCUCGAGGUUGACUUUACGACUUUGCUUGACAGCCUCGCGGCCUCUUCGGAGCCCGUUCGCGAUGUCAUGGCCUGGGCUGACGGCUGCUGUGAGCGUUUGAUGGGCGCACGCACCAACGGACAAGAGCGAGCGACAAUGAGCUCUCGUAGUGUUCUCAUUCGCUGGCAGUAUGUCACAAGUCAAAUCAUGCGUGACCUGACUAUUCGAAGUGACCCCGCCUUUGGCGCGUUCCAGAUCUUGAAGCUGUUUAUGGAUGAUUGGAUUGCCCUUAAUGUUUUGCGCACGGUGGCACUGUCCACCAACUCGGUGGCUGCGUCUGUAGAGCCCGUUAUUCAGCAACAGUUUUUCACGAUGGCCGACCAGGAUACCCUCGCCCCGCCCGACUUUGCCAACGCCAUGGAUUCGCGCAUGCAGAACCAUUUGACACCCACGACUUCGAGCAUGCUCGCUGCGCUCAACGACAGCUUCCCCGCUAGCCUCGAUGCUUCGGCCUCUGUAUUCCAUCAUAAUGGGCCCUACGAUAAUAUGGGAUUCGGCCAAUCCGGAUUCGAUAUGGCUUCUGCCUUUUCGCAGGACUCGGUUCCCCACCCGCCUUCAUCCAGCGGCUCGCCAGAACCUAGCUCUGCCAUUCAGGAAGGCGUGAAAAACGAAAACCCGGUGGCCUAG